UUUCAAGCGCCGUGUCAGAGUUCAAAACAGAUAGAGUGCUUUGCAAAGAGCGCUAGCGGCUGGCGCGCGUGCGUGUUGGUGUCAGUGGUUAGGCGUCCUCUGUGGUCCCGUCGUCUCCGCUUUCCUUCCUGACUCGAUGACGGAGGCCACCACCUCCGCAAGCUGUCGUCUGCGCACACGGCGUGCCUUCUGUCAAGUAACCUGGUGAACUUACUACUCGCAAAAGAUUACUAACACUGGGAUAGACAGACCUUCGGAGGUUACACUGCUACUACUUCGUCUCCGCCGGAGUAAAGGAACGGCGCAGUGAAGCUGAAACAUCAGCGCGUGGAAGAGAGAGAGAGGAGCAAGAGGAGGGUGCGUGGACCAAAAGGCGGGGUUCUCGACUUUGAAGUGCUUUGACUGUAUCAUACACACCGCUGCUUAGCGACCUUCGAGACUCAAAGCACCAAAAAGCCGAUUUCCCCCUCAACCUACGCUAUACAACUGUGUGUUCCUUCCUGCGACGCUGAACCAUUCAUCCUUUUCUUUCAUUCAUUUAUUCCUUCAUUCACGACCACGACCACUUUGCUGUGGGUGAAUCCGCCGUGUUGGACUGUAACUCUGCAGCUGUCUGCCACUUAGCUGAAAGCAACCGAGUGAGAGAAUUAAAAUACAUAAAUAUAUAAACAGCUAGAAGGCUAAGCUCAUGACUUGGCAGGCCAAGACAUCGUGAGAGGUGUAGAGACCUUUGACUUUGCUGCGGACUCCUAUUUCACAUCCGCGUUCAGUCCCGCUUGUGCUUGGGAUCGAGGCUUCGCCGUGUUCAGUUAGGACUGACUGCACUUCGCUGCACGCACCGAGGGGGUGAGAUCUACUCUCCACACAUCCCAACUUGCUUUCAGGGCACAACCCACCCCCGUGAAGGUCGUGGAAGUUCCUCUCUGCUCCCCCACGAAAGUUCUACCCUACGUCUUUUGUGCGGUACAGGUCAGAAAGAGGUUGUUAACAACGAAAUUGACAUCAACUUCGGAAGAAGAAGGUGGGGAGAGCAAGCGAGCGAGCGCGAGAGAGUGCGCCUGCCCGCCGCGACUCCGCUGUUGAGUUGAGCGUUGGUGGUGGUGGUGGUGGAGGUGAGGUGGUGGUGGUGGUGGCGAGUACUGCCAGGCGAGAGAGAGAGAGCGCGGGAAGGAUCUAGUGAAAGAGAGCAAAGGCGCGCGGUGCAUGCACGCAGGCGACGCCCCAUGCUGUUUGCAGUGCAGAGGGGGAGGCGAGACAGGCCGCGCCACCGGUCGCUGAGCGGAGGCCCCUCCACACGACUCGGAGUCUCUCGGCCCGCCCGCCCGCGGGUUUGCUCCCAGACCUCGCAGACAGUGACAGGGCCGAGGUCCCUCGUGCCUUGGGCCCCCCUCCCGCAACCUCUGCUAUUCCAUCAGUGUCCCCUGCGCCAGCGCAAGGAGUAACAGCUAACAGCGGCGACGGGCUCUUCUACUGUGUGACUGCUCGUGUGCGAAAGUGUGUGUAUUACUCUGUGCUGUGCUCGGAACAACCUCCACAUCAGCUUUUACUGUACGCUACAGGCACUCGGAGGAAACUUGUCCCCCACCCUCCUACACUGUAUACAGCCAACGAAUUGUUUUAACGCGAGAACAACAACAACGACGACAGUGUUGUCAGUGAAGAAGGUUUAUUUUAUCGAAGGGCUGUUCGACCCACGACCCUUGCGGCCAGUCAGUCCCUUUGAGUGGGUUUUCCUGAUAAUGAUGAAGACGGUAAUCGACUAUUGAAGACGAUCGUUGAUGAUUUCCACUGCACAGUUUAGUCGUGAUGUGUUCGUGGUAGUGGAAAAUUUACGCCUCACUGUGGCAAGUGUGUUCGCUCGCCGCGCAUGAGAACGGAGUUGGUGGUUGAAGAGAGGAAAUAAAAAUAAGUACUUCCCGCUUCCUUUAUUCUUUCACGCAGGCCAAAGCUUUGAAGUGGACUUUAUGUAUUAACGUGAGCAGCAACAACAACCAGGAACUAAGUUAGUGGGUCAGUUUUGAAUUUUUUUGUAAAAAGAAAAAAAAUCGUUUGAGUAGUAGGUAUAGGUCACAUUUCGGUUGGCAUCUUUGUAGAUUUUUUAAAACUCCAGGUAAAAUUGUCUUUUUAUCCGAGACUUGUCCCGCUGGUCCCGGAAAGCUGGCGACCGGCGUGUGAAGAGAGUUCCAACCCCGUGACCAGGGAGCGUGUCCACUACACCAUGGAGAUGCCCCCUACACAGCCCGCACCUAUUGCAGUUUGGAGGGAGACUUCAGAUGACCUGUCCUCGUCCGGCGGAGGGCCACCCCCAGGGGCCGCAGUGCCCCCGUCCGUGCCUCCCCCUCCCUCGGUUGGUGGAGCCGUGGUGACCUCCUCGCACCAAACGUCGGACCAGUCUUCUCGCGGCUCGCCCAACCCUCCACAGAACGGCGGUACCCCUACAUCCAACGCUUCGUCGGAAAACAACAACAACAAACAGCACAUCGAGUGUGUGGUGUGUGGGGACAAAAGCUCGGGCAAGCAUUACGGACAGUUCACCUGCGAGGGCUGUAAAAGCUUCUUCAAGCGGUCAGUGCGGCGGAACCUCACCUAUUCGUGUCGGGGCUCCCGGAACUGCCCCAUUGACCAGCACCAUCGCAACCAGUGCCAGUACUGCCGCCUGAAGAAAUGUCUUAAGAGCGGCAUGCGCAGGGAAGGUAGGUGCUUUUCAGAUAAAAUACCAACACACUUCUUGGCCCAGUCGUAUCCACAUCAAACCUUUCUCCCUUAUGCAGCAGUCCAGCGGGGCCGCAUCCCCCCAACGCAGCACCCGUUCCCCGCCCAAAUGGCCUUUCCCAACGGCGACCCGCUGAACGGCCACACGUACCUGUCCUCUUUCAUCUCCAUGUUGCUGCGAGCCGAGCCGUACCCGACAUCGCGCUUCGGCAACUGCACCAUGCAGCAGGCCAACAUCAUGGGCAUCGAGAACAUCUGCGAGCUGGCGGCGCGCCUGCUCUUCAGCGCCGUGGAGUGGGCGCGCAACAUCCCUUUCUUCCCGGACCUGCAGGUCACCGACCAGGUGGCGCUGCUGCGCCUGGGCUGGAGCGAACUGUUCGUCCUGAACGCGGCGCAGUGCUCCAUGCCCUUGCACGUGGCUCCUUUGCUGGCGGCCGCCGGGCUCCACGCCAGCCCCAUGGCCGCAGAGCGCGUGGUGGCGUUCAUGGACCACAUACGGAUAUUCCAGGAGCAGGUGGAGAAGCUGAAGCAGCUGCACGUGGACUCGGCCGAGUACAGCUGUCUCAAGGCCAUCGUCCUCUUCAGUUCCGAUGCUUGCGGUCUGUCGGACAUGGCGCACAUCGAGAGCAUUCAGGAGAAGUCCCAGUGCGCACUGGAGGAGUACGUGAGGAGCCAGUACCCGAACCAGCCCACCCGCUUCGGCAAGUUGCUGCUGCGUCUGCCCUCGCUGCGAUCCGUGUCUGCGCAGGUCAUCGAACAGCUCUUCUUCGUGCGGCUGGUGGGCAAGACGCCCAUCGAGACCCUCAUCCGGGACAUGCUACUGAGCGGCGGUUCCUUCAACUGGCCCUACAUGGCCAUCCAAUGACAGACCCCCGCUGCCGCCGCCGCCACUUCCUCCCCCGCUGCCGCCGCAGCUGCCGCAGCAGCAGUCGCCGCCGUCUCCGCGUCGCACGCCGCGCACUCCGCCGCGGCUGUCAUGGCUGCCGCCACGGCCGCAUCCUCGUCACCGGUGUCCGUAGGCGGCUGCGGAGGCAGCAACGCGGGCGGAACGCUGACCUCGGCAUCUGUGCCGUCGGGGAUCUCGGCGGUGUCAGGGUGUUCAGCCGCGGGUGUGGUGGGUCCUACCCCUUCGGCCUACUACUCCGCGCACCCGGCCGCUCAGAAUCCCUUUUCUUCGUUUGCGUCUUCGGUGGCGGCUACCAUGCCGCUGCCGUCCUCCGCGGUGGCGGCAGCAAUGACCGCUGGAUGCUCUUCCAUGCAGUCCGGCAUCUGGCCUUCGUCAGGAGGGGGACUGAGGGACCGACGUCUGCUCGGACAGAGAGUCUUUUGAGCUUGGGAAGACAAAAGCUGGAAGUCGGGUGCCUGGCCCAUCAUGAAGCACCCAAUGAGACUUGAGAUCAAUCGGUUGGUAGAGCAGCGAGAGGACAUGUAGAUAAGCUGAAGACCACGGUUGGAGUUUUAUCUCAAUGGUGCGUUAGAACGAACGCAUGUCUUGGUGGAGUUUGUGUUGGUCCCCCCUUGCCCCAUCUCCCUUCCCCAUCGUAAUUGAAAUUUCUCUAUAGAUCAGACUUUUGUUUAUUUGAUUCUCAUCACUGAGAAAAAAAAUGUCUUAGGCUUCCAAAAAAAAAGGUAGUGGGUGGGUAACAUGUAUGUACGAACUAAACAGAACACCUUCUGUGAUUAGUGUUGUAUCUGUUGUCAUUGUGUCAUUAACUUAUACAGUGAAGUGUUAUGGCCUCGCCCCUCGCAAAAAAAAGGACUUUUUGCAAGAAGAGGCGAAGGCCUGUCAGUGAGACACAGAAGUAGGAGGAACGGACUGUCUAGUACGAGCGCCGAUACAAACUAUUUUGUGUCGAAAAUCACGAAGCAUCUUGCAUAGAAGGACUUCAUUACAACCUCGCCUAAAGUGACAGGAGAGAAUGAGCGAGAAAAGAAGCCUCGAGAAGCUGCUUCAGGGUGAGUUCGUAUGUACAGAUGAUGGACUGUGAACAGACAUGAGGGGGCUGGCAUGGCAGCAAAUCAGCGCGAUGUUUGUGUGUUUUGUCAACAACUUUUCUUUUCAAAACUUAAAGCAUGUUAUAAUAAUAAUUAGUUUGUCCCUGGAAUAUGCUUUCUAUUCUUUGUCAAACAAUCCUGUAGCCAACAGAACGAUCUCGAAGUUUUUUCUCGGAACUUCUCUUUGAUUUCAGUCCUUGCGCCGUGCAAGAGUGCUCUGUACUUGACUGUAGUCCAGAUGUUUGCAUGAGCUGUUUUGGUUUUAUUUUCGUAAAUGGCAACGGAGAAGAACUCGGCCAUACACAAAACUGCUCAUUAACUCGCACCCACAUACAUACACAGGUACAUAAACUGGUAGACUAGGUAGACACUUCUCAUUUUUCUCCCGGCCAUGAUGGUGUCACAGAUGCUAAGGACAAGAACUUGCAGAUAGGCAUCAGGUUUAGAGAUUUCUAUAACCACAUUGAUUAAAAAAAAUCCCUUUUCUGAAAAAAUAUCCAUCAAUCUUUAAAAGAAAAGUUAUCAAUGUUUAAAGAAAGGUAAAAGAAAGAGGAAAAAUACUAAGAAGAAAGACCAAUAAUACCAUUUAACUGAUGAAAGCUGUUAGACAAGAACCAAUUUCCAUUUAAGAAAAGUAUAACAUUUAAUAAAUCCUUCAUACUGAAUUCAUCUUUGUACAGGCUGUAUAAUGUAAAGAAGCUAGAAUAUAAGAAAAUGGCAUCAGAAUUUUAGUUCGUCUUCUAUUCAGGUCUCAUCGCAACGAGAGGCUGUAGACGAUUGCAUGUUUUCGCUAGCAAGUUAACUUUUUAAAGGAAAAUUUACACUUGGACCGAAAACAUUUAUAUUGUUGUGCCAAUUAAUAUGUGUGUGCGUGGUGAUUUUUUAAAAAUAACCAGUUUAUGUAAUAACAACACUGCGAUCUGUAAUUUCUGUCGGUUUCGCCAAACGUGUGUGUGUGUGAUUGCGCGUGCGUUUGUUUGUUUGUUUGUGCACGCGCGAUUGAAUCAGCAAUUGUGUGCGUACACAUUCAGUGCAGUAAGAGUUCAAAUCUUCGUAAUGUACAAAACUUGUGAUUUUACUAACCUGGAAACUAGCCAUCGCUGGCUCUCUUUAGAUAACUAACCCUGUCCCCAUCUCUCCCUCCCUCUGUAUGUCUGUUGCCAUGGCUUCUUCGGCCUCGUUCCCGCAGAUAAACUGUCGAUGACUUUAUUCUAGGGAGGAAGGCAACAGGAUUCCUAUUGCUUUUCCUCCAGCUGUGUGUUGUCUGAAGUCAUGAAACCUGUGCCAUGUCUUAACCGGAUGUAGUUUUCAUAUUGGUGUGAAUGACCCUUGCAUAAAUUAUUAUGAUUUAUUCUUUAUUUUAUUUGUGGAGAGGCAAGUAAAGGUACUGACAUACCAGCAACUGCCACAUGCAGUCUUCAGUGAAAACUUUUAAAAAGAAAGUAUGUGAAUAUGAAUUUUUUUGGGGGGUAGGGAUGGGGAAGUCACAUUGGUACAGAUAGAUCACCACCAGCCCCUCUGCUGAUAUUUUUUGUUUCCUCUCCAUCAUUCGGUGCAACAGACCUGAACGCCUUUGACAACAAGCUUGCAUUAAAAUAUUCUGUCUGUCCAAGUAUUUAAGUAAAUACGCAAGCAAUGGUUUCCAAUGACUAGUGAUACAGUUGAUGUAGACUGCGCAAGUGCUAGUUGUUUUCCCCAGACAUUUGUUGUGGUGGGGAAUUGGGGGGAAAGUAUGUCGUCAUUGUGCAAGUGCUUUGGUGUAGGUGCCGUGUUUGCUCUUGAAAUUAUUUCUGUUUAAAAAUCGUUAAUCGUCAACAAACUUGGAGGUGACGGACAACAACAUCUGUAGGGGAUCGGCAGCUCUCGUGUUUUUAAUUCCUUCUUCCCUUAAUCAUAAGGACGACGACAAAAAUUGAAGAUAAUGGCAGUCUAGAAACAAGAACUGUAACUCCUUAACCUGCAGCAAAAUUGGUAGUGUCUGGCGCUGAGUGAGUGAACUUUGAACUCGACAUCAUCUACCGGCCUAGAUGUUCCUGUGACUUUCCUGUAUGACAUAACAAGCGUGCCACGUGUAACGAUCAUGUUGGGGGACACACUCUUGCCCUCAGUGCAGUUGUUAAAUGUCUCCACCCGGGGUGACGUCUGAGCCGCGAAGCAUUAGUGCUUCCUUUUGUUGUUGUUGUUGUUGCCAUAGUUCAGCUGAGUCGGUUUUAUUUCUUUUUUUAACCUUGUAAAGUUAUAUUUAAAGGAAAGCCAUUUCGAAAAUGGUUUAUGUGCACAUAAUGAAUACAUACUUAAAGUGACUUCUGUAAUAUUUUAUAUUGAAACUUGAUUUCUUCUGUUCCUUGCCCCACCUCAAGCAUUCGCAAAAACUAAGUAUUCCUUCUCUCAUCAAAUCCAUAUUAUUGGUUCAUUAGCCUGGCGUUUGUGUAUGCGUGUUCAUGGUGGAACUUUGAACCAGGCGCGGCAUGUUUUUAAUGUGUUUUGAUUUACACCUUUUGGUUGUUGUUGUUUUUGCUUUAUGAACUGGAGUUCCCUGUACAAAGAUGGAUGUUUCUUGUGUUCAAAGUGCGUGUUUGUAUAUUUCAAAUCUUCGUCUUCUGUAUACAUUCAUUUCAUGGUUCAGAACCAUACUUCGUGUUUGAGACUGUUGCUGAACUCUAUAUACACACCAUCGUAUUAUAUACGCUACUGUUACUAUAACUACCAGUAUACUACUACUACAUUAGUGUGUUGUAUUAAGAAUUUCUGUUAGUAGAGACCGUUCAGUUUUUUUUAACGCGAAUUUUUCACGUGGUGUGACAAUGACCACCCGAGUUGAAUGAUUAGGUUUAAGCAUCCUCACCUCUAUCAAAUGAAACUGAAACCAGCCGGCAGUCUGCUCGUUCCCUUCAUGAAAAUACUACUUUGUUACCAUUCUUUGCUUUUGCUUGUUCUGUUUUCCAGUUCCACUUCAGCAUUCUUCGCUUUCUUUGUCACUUAUGCCAACCUAGCCAGAAGCGUAGACUUGAUAUUAUCGUUUAUUGCUGCUUGUCAUUAUGAGCUUGUGUAAUGUAACAGUAGAGCUACAUCUUGGAAACAGGUCCAUGUCUUCGUAUUGCCUUGUGGACACAUUCUCAGUAAGACUGGCGACUGACCAUGAAUUUCUGCUGUUUUCUUUUUUUUUUCUAUUUUGUUCCUUCCUUUCUUUUGAUAAACUAUCGAGUUUAUAGAGUUUCACGUUUGCAUAAAGCCCGCAUUUUAUCUUUGGUAUGCAGUGCAUUUGCUUUUGCAUUGUGUGGCUUUCUGGCACGAGUUGGUCGGGCUAAAUAGUUUUAAAACUUAAACAAACCUUUCUUCUUUUUUCACGCAACGAGAUUGCGUAAGGCCUGGUGCUAAGGACAAGUCAACGAACAGAUCAUUUUUAAACGAUUUCGAAAACUAACAAGAAAUAAAUUGUCGUUUUUCAGAGGGAAUACAAUUAAACAUGCAGUAGGGGUAAAAUAGGGACAUUGUCAGUGAAUGAAUAUUUUAUUCCAUAGACAUCGACUGUCGGGGACAGAAGCAAGAGGGUUAACCAUGCUCAUCCUUCCGAAUUAUGUCGGCAAAGCUGAAGCGACUUUGUUGGCGAUAAAUCUCUAUUAGCCAUGCGCUGGACCAAACUCUAUGACCUCAUGGCCUAAGCGGAAGUAGUGUUGGGCCGGGUGUCGGGUGGUGGGGAGGGAAGACGGAGUAAAUUUGGCCGGGUGGGAGGUUAAUGGAAUAGGGUUUUUGCGUGGGUUUUUUUUUUCCCCAACACUUUUUUUUUCGAGUGGCAGGACCUCGAUUUGGUGCAGUCAGCAGACACCGGAAGUGAUUAAUAACCUUCACCUCUUACAACGGUUCGCACAGUAAGAAAAGAAUGACACCAGGUGUGAGGUAAAUACGGACAGGUCCCGUGCUCGGUUUCGAGCCUGGCCUUACAGAGUGCGCGUGCACGUCUGCGAGUCUUCGUUUCCCUCCCUACCCUCCACACCUCCCUCGCAAACCCUCUCCACUUCGUGCUGUCGCCCCUCCUCGCAUGUGCGGAGUACAUGACGGCAAUGAAUAAUUCUGUGUAGCGUGCCAAAUAGACAGCACUUACUGAAGUGUGAAGCUUUAAAAAUGGUUUGGCGACCGAUGGAUUUGCUUUGCCCUGUUUAUUUAUUUAGCAAGACGAGAAAAUCGGCCUGACUUCCAUUUGUUUGCUGCAGUAUUAUUUAGCAAGAUAUAGCACUAGCGGUUCGAGAUUUUUUUUUUUUGCGCCCCUAAAACACAGGUCUCGCUCUCCUGUUCCUAUCACCUGCUUCAAAAUACUGUAACUGGUUUAUAGUUUCCAUGUUGAAUUAUUUUAAAGCUUUCAAACAAAAUGUAUGUGUUCAGUUCUUGACCAUUUUGUUAUCUUCACGCGUCAGUUAGUUUUCAGAUUUUGUUUCUGCGUUUUCGCCGUGUGCCAAGUUACUAGACAAGGGUUAGGCUGGAAAGAAUAGAGAGCAGAAUGACUAGCCAGGCAAAUCCAUGUACUUUGUAUGCCGGUGUAUUUGUUAGCAGAAGUUUGAUCCAUUUGCAUAGCCAGGUGCAGAAAGUUCACACCACUCAACGUGGUGUGCACGUAAUGUGCACGUAGUGAGGACCAGAUGACGGCGCACGACAGACACUGAAAGGGACUGUGACAAGAAUAGAUCACCCAUCCUUCCUUUCUACAUCCUAAACCCUACAGGGCAAUGUUCUGAACGAAAUUACUGGAAACAGCAAACCGGAAAACAUAAUUUCCCUUAAGGAAUGAAAAAAAUUGGAACGUUUAACGAAAAAGAAUGUUGAUGUUGGCAGACGUGGGAUAAAAGUAUUUUAAUGAUGCCGUAGGUUAGAACAUGAAAUGGUUUUCGCUUGUCAGUGCAAAGUUGAUCAUUAAUAAGAACCGUUGCAUGCAAAAGAAGGACCGAACACAGUAUUUCUUGCAUUCAAUUUUUUUCAAGCUUUCUUCUUGUAAUGGAUAGGUUUUCACGUCAUAAUUUUAGGACUGAAAACAAGAAGAAUCCAAAAACAAUGAAGAGGGAGAAAGGAAAAAAACCCAACAAACUCUACGAACAUAAGUUUCCAAAUAAGCUGAAUUGUUUUCAGCACUUACUAUCAAUCUACUUAAUCUUUGUUUCUGUAGCAUGCAGUACAAAGUUCCACCAAAUGCAGCUGUUUGCAAACUAAUUUUAUUCUCUCUUUCAUUUAGAGAUAAGAUGCAGUUUUUAUACAAGGAUAUGUAGCUUACCUCGGAAAAGCAAGAAAGAUGGUCAAAUAAUAAAACAUUGUGUGAAGGGGGAGGUGAGGGGUAGUGUCAGAAUCUGUCUUCCUCAGCAGCCCCUCUUCAGUCCAUAGCCGCACCGAGUUUGACGAACAUGCCGUAGGUUGCCUCAGGCAAAACACUUCUACUUCUCAUCUUAAAAUAAGUUGUCACGAGCAGGAGGAAGCUUCUGUCUGUAGCCUGCCUCACAACAAACGAUUUCGAGUUGACUUGCCGAGAUGUGCUGUUCGAGUGACCUCUCCUGGGGUCACAACGACGCGACGCAAGCCUCUGUGUUUCCUGUCCCACCUGUCCCACCUGUCCUACCUGUCUGACCCCUUUUACUUCUGCUAUUUAGUAGGCAUUGCAAAAGGUCAAGAGCGAAACCGGUGAUACGUCUUCUACCCUUCUGCGCCAGAUUAUCUGCCCCUGAGGGAUGUUGUUAUUCCUCUUGCGGACAUGUCUUCAAAACAGCUGAACUUUUUUUUCGAUAUUUUCCCUUCCUAUUUAACGACUAAGAGCAGUGUGUAUUCUGCCAACCAUACUUUUUUAUAUUCUUUUGUUAUUAGGAAGUGGGGGGAGUAUUUUUUUGUCGAUGUUUGUUGUUUCCAUUUCGUGUGCGCGCACUUCUUUUUAUUAUUAUUAUUAUUAUUUUCAACAUGGAGAUGAACUUGUAAAGGAACAAUCAUUCCAAUAAAAGGCGUAGAAAAAUGUCAAGGUGUUCAUUUUGCACCAGUAUUUCAACUGUUGCUGUCGGUUUGCUUGACAACAUAUGUUAAGUGGGCUUAAAGUGUGGCAGCACUCCCCCUGACAAUGUGAUCACAACUUUUAGCGGCUAGUAGCAGAAACUCACUGUCAGACCCAAGCUUAGGCUCGACCCAAACAAGAUAUUAUUUUUUUGUGAUGGGGGAUGGAGUUAAAAUGGACAAAAAAAAAAAAAAUAAAUACGAUAUUUUGUGGAGAAUGGCAAAAUAACAAAGAAAGUCUUUGUUUGUGGCUUUGAUCAAUGGUUGUGCAUCACCUAAGUCACUGUAAUUGAAGCAACAGCAGUUAGUAAUUGUAAUUCUUUUAUGUAGGAGCAUCCCCCCUCAUGUUCCCUUAUUUAUGAUACACCCAUGAAAGGGUUGCUAUUUAUUUUAUAUAUUUUAAGGCGUUCUGAAAUACUUUAAUGUGUCACCCUAUAGUGGCGAGGAUAAAGCAAUAAUGAAAUAAUUAUUAUCUUGUGCGUUGCUGAUUGUCGGCUGCUACAAGCACAGUAACAGAUUCUGGUCUUGUAAACUGUAGUCUCUGAAGGUUGUCUUUAAGGCUGUAGAGCAAUGGCUACCUGGCAAAAGUAGACAAUAGGUGCUCUGACCCCUCUAUAUACCCUUAGUUGUUUUUUAAUAUCAUGCAGACUGACCUUUUUUCCGAAGCGACAGAUAUAUGGCAUAAAUAUCGUCUAGUCAGACCACACUGCUUUGAACUGUUUCUUUCAUUAAACUAUUACCGAGAACAAAAAAGAAAUUGCUUUUUAGAAAACUCUUUCACAGCUUAAUUUUGUCCUUUUUGUGUUUAUUUUAAUUUAUUUUAAAAUUUAUCUUUAAAUUUCAAAGCCUUCACUGCAUCAUAACUACUAACUGCACUUUUGUUCACGUACCUAAGUGCUUUCAGAUCCUUCCUCAUUCAAGAAAUAGUUCCACACCCCACUCCCUGCCCCCCGAGCAACAGUUUAUUUGUAGAGUUUCAAAUCGUGAUUUCCAGCAGAUUUUACGGAAGUGUGUGUUGCGCAUGACUGCGCGUGCUAGGACGAGGACUGCCCGUGUCACGUCAUCCAUGAUCGGGUUGAACUUCCUCGCGUGCUACGUCACGUGGUGUUGGUCAACUUUUGCAGGAUACGGUGACGUUGCACGGGCAGACUCCACACGUGUGAACGCACAUUCAAGCGACGGUGACGUGUUUGUUCUUUCUUGGUGGGCAGGAGGCAAACUGAAACUACCGACAGAGCCACCCGAGUGUAACUCUUGCAUUUGUAUCUUUGUCUUUUGCUGACUAUACCUGCCAUUACACCAGUGUGUUAAAGGAUAGCUCUUUUAUUUUAUUUUUUUAAUUAUUAUUCCUGUUUACUGCGCCUGUGUUCAUAGUGCUGAAGAGUUUGUAAAAUAAUUAAGUGCUUUUUUUCAAAAGGAAAAAUAAUGAUUCUCCUGUGUACCCGAUUUAAAAAAAAAAGUACAGGCGGUUUUUGUUUCCUUCCAUGUCAAUGAAUCUUUAUCUUAAUGGCACAAUAUCAAUGCUCAAACUUCAUUCUUUUUCGAGUAUUCAACAUGAGCUAGGAGAGUGAAUGCUGACUUUGAGUCAAUAAAUUUUGUAAAAGAUA